GCCCCUUCCCCGAGAGGUGAGGCUGUUGCUAGGAAACCGCCGAGGCCUGAGGCGCGUGCGGAGCAUGGCGAAGCUGGCCGCCAAGUGCCUGCUGGCCGGUGACCCAGCAGUGGGAAAGAGUGCCUUGGCCCAGAUGUUCUGCAACGACGGAUCUCACUUCCAGAAGAAUUACACGAUGACAACAGGCAUGGAGCUAUUGGUGAAGAAUAUAGCUAUUCCAGAGACAAACAAUAGCGUGGAACUCUUCAUUUUUGAUUCAGCAGGCAAGGAAUUAUUUUCUGAGGUGCUGGAGAAACUGUGGGAGCAGCCCAAUGUUCUUUGUAUUGUGUAUGACGUGACCAGUGAACAGUCUUUCAACAACUGUGCCAAAUGGUUGGAAAAGCUGAGGGCACAGGCACUUGGAAUGAACCUUCCAGGUGUGUUGGUAGGGAAUAAAACAGACCUUAUUGGUCGUCGAGUUGUGGAACAGAAACAGGCACAGGAGUGGGCUCAGAACCAUGGCUUGGAAUACUGUGAGACGUCAGUGAAGGAGAUGGAAAACUUUGAAGCCCCUUUCCACAUCCUGGCAAACUCAUUCCAUCGACUAUACCAAGAGAAGGUGGAAAGCUUUCAUUCACUAGUGUGAGGUCUUUGCAUAUAUCAACUUGCUUAGCCCCUAUGGGGCGUCUUCGAACAGAAGAAACCCUGGUUGCACAGAAUCCCACAGACUGGAAAAUAAGAGAUGAGACAUUUUUUUCUUGUGAUGAUCUGAUGAUUCAAAUUAAACCAAAAAUAAACAUGUGGAAAGGCAGCUUUUCCAGGGAUUCUUUCCUCAGGUUUCUUCCUCUGUUACAUCCCCUUCUCUGGGUUUGGGUUGUGUGUGUGGCAGGGAUGGAAUACAGCCUAGAAAUGUUUGGCUUCCUGCUUUGAUAUUUCCCCAUUUCUUAUCUGAAUGGCAUUUCUGCUGCUAAAACCAAGGGUCUGGUGGUUUCAGGAAGGAGUCAGGAAGCUACUGGGGGAUUUGCACAUUAAAUAGUCCAAUACUGAUAUAUGUAUUGGAGGUAGGAGUGAUGUAGGCCAUCCACUUGGAAAACACGUGGCUGGAAUAGACUUGAGGACAGAGUCUUCUGAGAAGUGCCCAGAACUGGUGGCAAGAAGUCUGUCCUAUGCAGAGACUGAUUUUGAAUUGGAUAUAGUUCUGAGAAAUGAUGCUGUCGGAUUCAUCACCUUGCACAGAGUUGUUUCUAACUAAUGUCUGGUUUUGACUUCUCAGAGUCUAGUUUUUACACCAAUUUGGCUCUUUUCCUCUGCCUGUUAGAAACUGUCUGGCUGCCAAGAGUUUUUCUGCUGUACCUCUGUACUUCUUGCAACACAGUGCCCUCUGCUGGUCCCAGAUUGCACACUUUCCUCAAAAGCUGCAACUGGUGUAGAAAGAGACUCUCAAUGGUAUGCAUUUGAGAAUUACGCCCUUACCAUCUCUCCCCACAUUCCAGAUAAAAUCCUCUUUAUUUUGUCCUUA